AUGAGCUCCUGGCCCAACGACGCCGCCGUCCAGAAUCACAAUGGCAACGGCUUCCCCAUGUCGGAUCCCAACGCUGUCGCCGGCGGCAUGAUGGAUCCCGCCGCCUUUAUGGCCAACCCGGCCCAAUUCAAUGCCGCCGCCGCGACGCAGUUUGCCAACCCGCAGCAGAUGAUGCCCAUGCAGAACGGGCCAAUGCGCAACGCCUCCCCCUCGUCCUUCCAGAAUCCCGUUUAUCAAACAAACCAGGUCAUCCCUUCAAAACGACCGCGCCCCCGAGAAGACAGCCUCGCCUCGUCCCCCCGGCAGAACCCCGGCAUGCUGCCCACCUCGCGCGCCGACACGCCGCAACAGUUCGCCAACUUUCAACAGGGUGGUAUGCCGCAACAGAGCUCGGGGCAGCACUCGCCCUAUCCUCAUCUCCAACCUAAUGGGUCCGUCAAUGCGACUCCGUCCCCGACCAUGGGCAACCAGAUGCGACCCGGCAGCGUGCCGCAACGGGUGUCGACCACGUCGCCUCAUCCAUUCUCUCCUGCCGGCCAGAACUUUGGCCCCCAGGCAUCGCCUAUUCCAUCAGAACACGGCGGCACUCCUCAGCCCAACCCCUAUAUGCAGCAGAACAACAACUUUACCCCAAACUUCAAUCAGAAUUUCACGCCGACACCCUCUCCCGCCCGACCGUCACCGACACCCAACGCGAUGGCGGGCCAGAUGAUGCCCCAGCAGAUGGCCCAGAUGCCGAACCAGAUGGGACAGAUGCAGCCGAUGGGACAGAUGGGACAGAUGGGCCAGAUGCCGAAUCAGAUGCCUCAACAAAUGUUCCCCCAGCAGAUGCAGGGCCAGAUGCAGGGUCAAAUGCAGGGCCAGAUGCCCCAGGGUCGCACGCCGCUCGAGCAGCAGAAGCUCAUGUACCAAAUGCAGCUACAGAGACAGCUCCAGCAGGGCAAUAUGCAAAUGCCACCGGGGCAAAUGCAGGGCCAGAACAUGCCUCAGCAGCGUAACAUGAUGUCCAGGCAACAAAUGCCUAAUGGGCAGGUGCCGCCAGGGGCGAUGAGGCCGCAACAACAGCCAAUGCCUCCCCAGCAAGGAAUGCAACAACGGGCGCCCAAUUUUGAGCAGUUCAUGAAGCAGCUGACCGUUUUCAUGAACACGAAGCAGCUGCCGCUCGAGACAAACCCGAUGGUCGGAGACCGUCCGGUCAAUCUGAUGAUGCUGUUCCAAGCAGUCUCCAAGUUUGGUGGUUACCGCAAUGCCUGCCAGGGCAACACAUGGCCUCAGAUUUCGAAUGCUGUCGGUUUCCACCCUAUGCAGAUGCAGAUGGCUCCCGGUCAGCUCAAGGCUAUCUAUGAGCGCAACUUGCUAAAAUUCGAGGAGGCAUGGAACCGCAGUAAGAUGAUGCAGCAACAACAGCACCAGCAGGGACAGCCGCCGCAGCAGGCAGGAGGACCGAACGCCCAGGGUACGCCGUCCAAGCCUAUGCCCCAGGGUCAAGGUCCGCCGAACCAGGCGAUGCAAGCUGCACAACAGCCGCAACCACCGCAGGCUCAGACCCCGUCGAAGCCAGCCGCUCAACAUGGCCAACAAGCAAGCGUCAACGGCUUUGCUGCCCCACAGCCACCGCAGGCCCAAAUACCGCAGAUGGGCGCGCAGCAAGGUCGGAACAGCCUCUCCCGCGGACCCCAACCGACCCCAACCCAGGACGAGUUCGCGUUGCGGUCGCCAGUGGCUCGGGGAAAGGUCGAGGGCCUGGCUGCCGACGGAAGUCUACGGUUCUCCGUUCCGCUCAAAGAUCCACAAGUGUAUAUUCCUGCCUCUCGUGAGGUGGUAUCGUAUGGUGGGCUUGAGCUCGAACCUCUGAACCGGCUGGGUGCCGAUAUGGAGCGGUGGAUUCCCGACGUGCCUAGUGCCAAUGAACUCGGCAACAUUGACAUCCACGCCCUGACUAUGAGCUUGCAAAGCGGAAUUCACGGCGAGGUCCGUUUAGCUUUGGACACACUGGCCACCGUGACCGCCUCAGCGCAACCAAACCUCGAGGUCGACCUCACCAAGUGUGAUGACCUGCUCGAAACGCUCAUAGAAUGUGCCGAGGACCAAGUAGAAACGUUGGCUGAGAGCACGGCUGAGGUCUCGGACGAGAUUCUCAUCACCACUUACGAGGAUGUUGUCAGGAACUGUCGGCUGGAAAGCUUUGGACUGCGCGACGUUAGGGCUUUUGCUUCAAACGAAUACGAACUCGACAGAGCCGUUGAUCGCCUCAUUUGUAUCACUACCAUUCUACGAAAUCUCUCGUUCGGGCCCACGAACCACGCCUGCCUGGCUGACGAGACGGUUGUCAAAUUCCUCAGCGUUGUCAUCCGAUACCUGGGUACGCGGACGAUGUUGUUGCGGAGCCAGGCCAACACGCUCGAUUUCAUGAAGGAUGUCAUCAUCUUCCUUUCCAACAUCGCCCACUCCAUCGAGCUCCCCGGUCGUGAACAGGCGCUUUGCUUGUUGCAAUUCCUUCUUGCCUUCGCACCCACCCCCCCACCGACUCUCACGGAGGACGAAAUCUUCUUCACGCCUUACGACCCGACUUCACAUCCCUAUCUCCCAGCCGCCGUGGAUGCUCUUGCCAAGCUCUUGGCGCGUGAUGAGCCCAACAGGACAUACUACAAAACCAUCUUCGAACAGGAUGCCCAAUCUACGCCUCCGUGCGAGCUCCUCACCCGGACAUUUGCUCUCGCCAUCUCGCCGCUACCGGAUCAGAGUAAGGACCACCGGGGACCCAGCUUGCCACCACUUGUGGAAAUGCGCAAGCCAUCUCUGAUGCAGGGUCUCCUCGCCGGCGACAUCAUCGCUUCGUUGGCACCGGGGUACGAAAGCGGUGUCACUCGGGCGUGGUUGUCUGCGGGCAACAGCUUUGCUCAGAACCUGUUCCGGCUCAUUCGCGUGCUCAGCAUGCAGUUUGAGCAGUCGGUACCGCCUCGGGGGUCUCGCGGCCAGCCGCGUAAGGAUGGCGAACUAGUCUACAUUGUCGUCCUGGGCGUGUCCAUGCUUCGUCGCCUGAGCGAGAAGGCCAAGGACCCCAGCGAUCCCAAGGCGUCCAUCCCUCCCAACCUGCUGCCUUCGAGUGAUACUGUCCUCGGAGCGCUGCAGAUGAACAGCGCGGAGUGGACGAAGGAGGGCUUCCUCCAGCAGUUGAUUGCGUAUGCUGCGCUCGAUGACAGGCGCCGUGACUUUUAG